AUGGUUGUUGUGAAGGGGGGCGGCACACCGUACACCAUUGGCAAUGGGCGGCAGAUGCCGUGGGAGGAGGUGCCGGAGAAAUUUAAGGAGAAGCUGCGGGAGCAGACGGAAGUUGAGAAGUGUGUUGGGAUGCGUGCAGAGGCACAGGCGUGUAUCGAGGAACGCGGCUUUUGGGACCCAGCGUGCGUGGAUCUGACGGAGCGGUUUCACUUAUGCCAGUCAAUGGAACUUUCACGCGGGAUAAAUAAAUGGCAGGAGAAGGGCGGCGUUACCGAGAAGGAGGCAUGA